GAAUAGUUUCUGAUCCACUGAGAGAUUGUCAAGAGCUGGUUCCAAUCUUGUUUUUCUGGCUUGCAGGUUUUGCAUUCUGCACUGGUCAUCUGCAUUGAAUAUCUAAACGCCAUGUUUCCAAUUGAAAGGGGAUGUGUGUAAACGUCGUGGAUUUUUGAAUUGAUCAAAGACAACAGCAAUGCAGACUCCUCGCGACUUCCGCCUCAGCGACAAAUUAAUCCUCGUCACUAUUUGCAUUCUUGUGAGGGGAUGUUUGGCCCAACGAACUCCGCCAGCGUCGCGCGCUAAGGGAUACAGUGCGAGCGUCGACCUCACGCUACCCGUAGAUUCACCCGCGCGAGGCAAGGCUGUACUGGAAACUGGGAGAUUCCAGUUCUGGCUGGAAGGUGACAUGAAAGGCGUCUGCUCUUUGAGUGUGCGGGAAAAGUAUACGGGACGUGGUGAUCCAAGCAAUAGGCCUGGAGACCGGGGUUACCUCUUGUGGUCGGCCAACUAUUAUGCAGGAACUCCAGUGGGCGCAGACAAAUGCACUGUCAAAUUCACCAAUAAUGGAGACCUGCAGCUGUGGAUUCUGUACAAGGGCAAGACAUCUCUGACCUGGAGCAGCGAAACCGGUGGCAAAGGGGUGACGAAGAUGGCGUUGGAAACCAACCCCGAUAACGGAAACUUUAAGCUGGUGACGGGAUACAACAAAGCCAUAUUCAACAGCUUUGAUGUCAAGGAAUGGCUGGUUCUUAAGGGUCAGAAAUUCUGGAUGGGUGCAGAGUUGAGCAGCCCCGAUGCGAACUCGGAUUCCGAUACACGUGUGUUGUCCAACGACGGCACCUACAUCAUGAUUCUCAAGGGAGGAGAUCUUCAGCUGCUUCUGAAUGGACCCAACCCUGAGGUUUACUGGAGCCUUAAAAAGUCAGUCCCCGUCAGCCAGGAUGUGAGCAAGGUUGCAUACGCAGCUGUGGCUAGGAACAAUGAUGGAAUCGGCCUCUAUACAGCGGCAGGGAGUCUCGUCUACAAGACUGCAGUCCCUCCCUGGGUUCCAAAUUAUGGAGCGGAUUAUCACUUUGGCCUCGAUUUCCAAGGCAACCUCAAAUACUAUCUCAUGUAUAAGGGUGCUUCGUGGACCUAUGGUUGGCAGGCGCUUUUUGAGUGCGAUCUGCCCAACUUCUGUGGCAACUACGGCAUUUGCUCUACGACUACUGAUCAGACUUGGACGACCACUGCCGGAUGCACUGGCUGUCCGACGGGUUUCUCUUUGAACUCACCCGACCACAACUCUCCACCGGUUUGCCAGCGGAACAAAAAAGUGAAAAAGUGCAACAACAAGAAUUACGUGGAAUUGGCGGGCUAUGAAUCUGCGAUGCUGUUCUACGCGACUCCGCUCAGGAUCUCACUGGGUGCCUGCAAAGCCAGUUGCUCGGCUGAUUGCAACUGCGAUGGAUUCUUCUACAAUGUGAAGGCAAGAAAUUGUUUCAAGCGAACGCAGAUCCUCACACUGAAGAAGGUGACUGUCAACACCGGUACGUCGGUGUUCAUCAAAGUAUAGAGAGUGGAGAAGAGAUGACUUCAUCGAAAAUGCACUUGCAGCCAGUUGGAUCCAGUCGACAAGGGGGGGAGGUGGGUUCACCCGGAUACACGCCAUACCAAGUUCAAUAUCAUACGCUCAUUACUUUUCAGGAUUUUUCAACACGAAUGCAGCCACAAUUCUCAUGUGUGGAUACGAAUUUUCUUCAGUGAAACGUGUGUAGAUUGGAUUACCAAGACAUAAAGUAUACCUGCAUUGUGUGUAAAUGUUUGAAUAAUUUAAUAGUUGGGUGACGUACAUUUUUUAGUAAUCUAUUCACAAGCAUCUAAUAAAGGGAACUUUAUC